AUGGCCAUUAAUUCUGAACACGGUGGAUCUUCAGCAAAAAAUUGUUUUUUCCCCUGGGAAGUAAGACCUUAUCGAAUUUUGGAUACUGAAUGUUCAGGUGCUCAAAAACAAAAACAAAAUGUUGAAUAUCAUUCAGCCCUAAGACGUAGUUUAUUUUCUCAUAUGCCACCAUACAUAAGAUUUUCAUCACAUGAUAUUAAAGGUGAAUCAUUUCCAGUGUGUUUGAAAUGGUUAUUAAAGUGGAAAAUAAGUUCUACUACUCCAAUUGUUGUACGUCGGACAAUUCAAAACAGUGGUUUUAAACUCGAAAGGAGUGGUUUUAUAGUUCAACAUACAACUGAUCUUUCAGACAUAAGUAGUAAUCAAUCCAAUCAAAAUCCCAUCUCUUUACAAAAUCACUGUGGUGUUACACCUCCUGUAGUUGACACUUACUGUGGUGUAGCUUCUCCACCUAAUGAAUUCAUGAUGUUACCACGAUCCAAAUCGAAUGAUUGGGUGGGAACUUGGGAUAAACAAAUGAAAUCGUUAUGUUUCAAGACACUUUGGGAACAGCAAAAACUGAACCAUUUCCCAGGUACUUUUCAAAUUGGUCAUAAAGAUAGGUUGUGGAAAAAUUUGCAACGGUUAAUGUUAAAAUAUGGCAAAGAACAUUUUGGCUUUAUACCCACAUCAUAUAUAUUACCUCAAGAAGUUAGAAUUUUACGACGAGUUUGGGAGAAAAAUGAUCAAUACAAAUGGAUUAUUAAACCACCAGCAUCUGUUAGAGGAUCUGGAAUUCGUGUUAUAUCAAAAUGGUCUCAAAUACCAAGGAAUAUACCUUUAGUUGUACAAAGGUACAUAGAUAAUCCAUAUUUAAUCAACGGCACCAAAUUUGAUUUAAGACUCUAUCAGGGGCGGAUUGGGGAGAGAUUUCGGCCAGGGAAAAUACAAAUUAAGUAUUCAUCUGAUCUUACCACUAUAUCUGAUAGAUAUAUGCAUUUGACAAAUUACAGCAUUAACAGACUUAGUAGUCAGUAUACUGAAAACGAAGAUGCUGAUGCAUGUCAAGGUCAUAAAUGGACGUUACGUUCACUAUGGACGUAUAUGGAGAAUGAACGCAAGAUUGAUGUUAAACAAUUAUGGAAGAGCUUAGAAGAUCUAGUUGUAAAAACGGUCAUUAGUGGUGAAUCACCUAUGAGUCAAAUGUGUAGUUCAAAUCUGAGCAAUAGAUAUAACGCAUAUGAGUUAUUUGGAAUAGAUGUUUUGUUUGAUGAAUAUCUUAAACCUUGGAUAUUAGAGGUAAAUAUAUCUCCUUCAUUACAUUCAUCUUCUCCACUUGACUUGGCUGUCAAAGGACCAUUAGUCAAAGAUCUCCUGAAUAUGGCUGGUUAUCAUAUCCCAAACAAUAUGGACCAUAAUACACAUUAUUAUUUACGCAAGGUGUUAGGAGUCAAAUCAACACUAUGUUAUGACAAGAGAUUAUAUACAUUGAAUUUAUCUGCUAAAGAAAAAGAAAAACAAGAAUAUUAUACAAAUAUUGAAUCUAGAGAAGAAUAUAUUGAUAGCAUAUUGGAAGAUCUAUUACCAGAUGAUAUUCGACAUCUUAUUGUGUAUGAAGAUGAACUUACACAAGUUGGCUCAUUUCAGAAAGUAUUUCCAACCACUUCAUCUUUUAAAUAUCAUAAAUACUUCAAUAGCUCCAGAUAUUAUAAUAUGCUUCUUGAUGCAUGGGAAUGUAAAUAUAGUAACAACAGAGGAGAAGGUAUUACUGUGCUAGAAAAGUUAUGCCAGUUAAAAAUUCACCUGGAAGUGCCAGACAUUGAUGAAGAAGAAGGAAAAGUAACACAUUCAAUUAUCAAAAUAUAA